AUGGGUUCGGGGCAGCUGGUUGUGAGUCCCAUUAUCCGAGAUGCACGAUUGCUAACCCCCAAGGAGGUUUUUUUCCGUCCAUAUGUUUUCCUGUUUUUGCCGCUAUAUAUGCUAUUCCUGCAACUAUAUUUGCAGGAGUAUGACCGGUAUUUUGGUGGUUCAGAAUGGACCUUUGUCUAUCUGUGUACCCUGGUCACAUUGAAUAUGCUGGUCGCUUUGCUGCCAGAGUGGAAUGUGAAUUUGGCAGCGAAGUUUCGGUAUCGGGCAUGCGAGAACGUGACCCAAGCGACACACAUCUUACUGCAGACUACUCCUAAUAAUGGCUCUGAUGGAAUUGUAGAGAUACAGCGGAUACAGGAGCAGGGUCACGUUCAGACCUUUUUCCAAUUCCAGAAGAAGCGGUUUCUCUGGCAGGCUGACUUGCAGGCGUUUUCGUCUCCAAAGUUCCUGGUGGAUGAGGAGCCUAAACUAGGAAAGCUACAGCAAAGCCGCGGACUUUCCGGUGAUCUUACGCAUAUGAAGCUCUUGUACGGCGAGAAUACGUUUGAUAUCCCUGUUCCUAGCUUUUUAGAGUUAUUCAAGGAGCAUGCUGUGGAACCAUUCUUUGUCUUCCAGAUUUUCUGCGUCGCCCUAUGGUUGUUUGAUCAAAUGUGGUACCUAUCUUUGUUCAACCUGUUCAUGAUCUUUGCCAUGGAGGCAGUAUCCGUCUUUCAACGACUAACCACCCUCAAGGAGUUCAAGACUAUGGGCAUCAAACCUUAUGGUAUUAAUGUCUUCCGCGACUCCAAGUGGCAGCUGCUUCAGACGAAUGAAUUAUUGCCUAUGGAUCUUAUUUCUGUUACCCGUACCGACGAAGACAGUGCCUUAUCCUGUGACAUGAUCCUCGUCGAUGGUACAUGCAUUGUUAACGAGGCUAUGCUGUCUGGUGAGUCAACCCCGUUAUUAAAAGAAUCUGUUAAGUUACGGUCAAGUGAAGAAAAGUUGCAGGUCGAAGGCCUUGACAAGAAUUCCGUGUUACAUGGUGGUACUAAGGUUCUUCAGGUAACGGCACCCGAAAAAGGAUCAUCCUCGAUUCCCGCACCCCCUGAUGGAGGUGCUUUGGCGGUUGUAUCGAAGACAGGUUUUGAAACAUCUCAGGGAGCUCUUGUUCGCGUUAUGAUCUACUCUUCGGAACGUGUUUCAGUGGGUAACAAAGAAGCACUAUACUUUAUCCUAUUUUUGCUGAUUUUCGCUAUUGCCGCUUCUUGGUACGUGUGGGUGGAAGGUACUCGGAUGGGAAGAGUCCAGUCGAAGCUGAUUCUAGAUUGUAUCUUGAUCAUUACCUCUGUUGUCCCAUCUGAACUUCCUAUGGAGUUGACCAUGGCUGUGAACAAUUCCUUGGCUGUUUUGUCCAAGUUUUACGUAUACUGCACUGAGCCGUUUAGAAUCCCUCUAGCUGGUAGGAUCGAUGUAUGCUGCUUUGACAAAACGGGUACUUUGACUGGUGAGGACUUGGUAUUUGAAGGUUUAGCGGGGCUUGCAGGGAAGAACCAGCCAGUUAACCAUCUUUUUAAAGGUACCGAAGUGCCCCUUGAUACAAAUUUGGUUAUCGGUGCUGCUCAUGCACUAGUGCGGUUGGACGAUGAUGAAGUUGUUGGUGACCCAAUGGAGAAGGCUACUCUUGCUGCAACCGGUUGGAAAGUAGGUGUGAAGGAUAGUCUAUCCAAUGAAAAAGUUGGUGAUAUUUCGAUUCUACGCCGUUUCCAGUUCUCAUCAGCUUUGAAACGUUCCUCGACGAUCGCGGUACACAACAAGCAACAUUAUUCCGCCGUAAAGGGUGCUCCAGAAACUAUUCGCGAGAGAUUGAGCCAAGUCCCUACUGACUAUGACCAAGUUUACAAGUCCUUUACCAGGGCGGGAUCUCGUGUCUUAGCUCUUGCUUCUAAAAAACUGCCAUCUAUGUCCAUAAAGCAAAUUGAAAAGCUAGAAAGAGAGGCUGUGGAGUCAGACUUGGAGUUCAAGGGAUUCUUGGUCUUCCACUGCCCAUUGAAAGACGAUGCAAUCGAAACGAUAAAAAUGUUGAACGAAUCGUCGCAUCGUUGUAUCAUGAUUACUGGUGAUAAUCCUUUAACCGCUGUUCAUGUAGCCAAAGAGGUUGCUAUUGUUGAAAGAGAGACUUUGAUCCUUGACGAGCCAAUUGAUGGUUCCAGCCACGCCCUUGUUUUCCGUAAUAUUGAAGAGACUAUUGUGAAUCCAUUCAAUCCCGAGAAAGAUACCUUUGAACAUUCGAAAUUGUUUGCGAAGUAUGACAUUGCUGUCACUGGCCAUGCUCUUCAACUUCUUUCUGGUCACUCUCAGUUGAAUGAGUUAAUUCGUCAUACGUGGGUGUAUGCACGUGUGUCACCGGCACAGAAGGAAUUCAUCAUGAACUCUCUAAAGGAUAUGGGCUAUCAGACAUUAAUGUGUGGUGACGGUACUAAUGAUGUUGGUGCCUUAAAGCAGGCUCACGUUGGAAUUGCGCUUUUGAACGGUACUGAGGAAGGUCUAAAAAAACUACAGGAACAGCGGCGAAUUGAAAAUCUAAAGGCCAUGUACGAAAAACAGUGCCUUUUCAUGGAAAAAUGGGGACAGCCCGUACCACCGGUACCGCAACCCAUUGCACACUUGUAUCCACCUGGCCCAUCAAAUCCAAACUACUUGAAAGCUCUGGAAGCCAGAGGUGUUAUUAUUACUCCCGAAAUGCGCCAUUUAGCUGCUGCUGCCGCCAAGAUGCCUGUAUCUACUGUUAAACGCACUGAUCCCUCAAAACAAAGCCCUGCAGACGUAGCCGCCAUGAUGUUGAGUGGUCUCAAUGACUCUGAGUCAGAUGAUGCACCUACCUUGAAACUAGGCGAUGCCUCAUGUGCCGCACCAUUCACCUCUAAGUUGGCUAAUGUUUCUGCUGUGACUAACAUCAUUAGACAGGGCCGUUGUGCAUUGAUUAAUACAAUCCAGAUGUACAAGAUAUUAGCGCUCAACUGUUUGAUCACUGCAUAUUCCUUAUCUGUCAUUUACCUCGCUGGUGUGAAGUUUGGUGAUGUUCAAGCUACUGUUUCCGGACUUCUGAUUACCGUCUGCUUCUUGAGUAUUUCUCGUGGGCAGCCGCUUGAAAAGCUUUCUAAAGAAAGACCGCAGCCAGGUAUCUUUAAUGUUUACAUUAUGGGCUCUAUUUUAGGCCAAUUUGCCGUACACAUUGCUGCACUUGCCUAUAUCAACAGAGAGAUUUACUUCUUGGAGCCAAGAGAGCCUCAAAUUGAUCUAGAGAAGGACUUUUCUCCUUCUUUGUUGAAUACGGGGAUUUUCUUGAUCCAGUUGGCCCAGCAAGUCUCUACAUUUGCUGUAAAUUAUCAAGGUGAACCAUUCAGGGAGAACAUCCGGAGUAACAAGGGAAUGUAUUAUGGAUUGGUAGCAGUUAGCGCUUUGGCACUGGCGGCUGCUACGGAAUUUAUGCCGGAAUUAAAUGCUUCUAUGAAGUUUGUUCCAAUGACUGAUAUGUUCAAGUUCAAAUUGACUGCUUCGUUGGUUUUGGACUUCGUCGGAUCUUACGCUGUGGAACUCUUCUUCAAGUACUUUUUCAUGAAUUCUGAAGCUGCAGAUAUUGCCAUUCGCGACUAA